GUCGCACAUCAAAAUGGUUAUCUUCGGACCCGGCACUGAUUACGCUGCUUGCACUGCUGGCUGAGCCUGACCUGGAGUCGAAAAUGAACUGGGGAACCUUUUAUGCCGUGAUCAGCGGCGUAAACAGGCACUCGACCGGCAUCGGACGCAUUUGGCUGUCGGUUAUCUUCAUCUUCCGUAUCCUGGUCCUGGUGGUCGCUGCGGAGAGUGUUUGGGGCGAUGAGAAGUCGGGCUUCACUUGCAACACCCAGCAGCCCGGCUGCAACAGCGUGUGUUACGACCAGUUCUUCCCCAUCUCGCACAUUCGCCUGUGGGCUCUCCAGCUCAUCCUGGUUUCCACUCCUGCGCUGCUGGUGGCCAUGCAUGUGGCCCACAUACGCCACAUCAACAAGAAGAUACUGAAGAAGGCGGGCCGCUGCAGCCCCAAGGAGCUGGAGCACGUCAAGAGCCAGAAGUUUGAAAUCACCGGAGCUUUGUGGUGGACGUACAUGAUCAGUAUUAUCUUCAGGAUCAUCUUCGAGGGGGCUUUUCUCUACAUCUUCUACCUGCUCUACCCUGGCUUCAAGAUGGUGCGUUUAGUGAAGUGUGACUCGUACCCUUGCCCCAACACGGUGGACUGUUUUGUCUCCAGGCCGACAGAAAAGACAAUAUUCACCGUGUUCAUGCUGGCAGUGUCUGGGGUGUGCGUGCUGCUUAAUCUGGCCGAGGUGGUGUACCUCGUGAGCAAGGCCUGCAAAAGGUGCUUUUGCAGCUCUGAGGAUGAGUCCAAAACCGCUUGGAUCAGUCCAACAUUGUCGUUUAACAGGCAAAAUGAAAUCAAUCAGCUGAUAGCAGACCACUCUAUCAAGUCUAAGUUCACUGUGACCAAAAAGAGCCCGAGUGAGAAGGGUGAGCGGUGCUCUGCCUUCUGA